AUGGCUCUUCUUGUCGAUAAACUACGUCCACGUACUCUUGAUGCGCUUACAUAUCAUCCUGAGCUCUCAGACCGUCUUCGGUCCUUGGCCCAAAGCGGAGACUUUCCUCAUCUCUUAGUCUAUGGCCCUUCUGGUGCCGGCAAGAAAACACGUAUCAUCGCGACAUUGAAGGAACUGUAUGGCCCGGGGGUGGAGAAAAUAAAGAUCGAUGCCAGAGUCUUUCAAACCACCAGCAACCGCAAGCUGGAAUUCAACAUCGUCUCCUCGGUCUACCACAUGGAGAUCACUCCCGCCGAUGUUGGAACGUACGACCGAGUCGUGGUUCAGGAAUUACUCAAGGAGGUUGCUCAGACACAGCAGGUAGAUCUAUCUGCGAAGCAGCGGUUCAAGGUCGUUGUAAUCAACGAAGCCGACCAUCUUACUCGCGAUGCUCAGGCUGCGCUGAGACGGACCAUGGAAAAGUACAGCCCGAACUUGCGCCUGAUACUCCUGGCCAACAGUACCUCCAAUAUCAUCGCCCCAAUUCGCUCGCGUACCCUGCUGGUCAGGGUGGCUGCGCCAACCCACAACGAAAUCUGCUCGGCUCUUCGUAUCGCUGCAAAGCGAGAAGGGUGGACAGAGUCCGACGGUUUAAAUGCAAGAAUCGCGAAGGAAAGCGGGCGGAAUUUGCGCCGAGCGCUCCUCAUGUUUGAGGCUAUAUAUGCACAGAAUGAGAAAGUCACAGAUCUGACCCCAAUUCCGCCGCCGGACUGGGAAGCCUUGAUCUCCUUGACGGCGGAUGAGAUUAUUAAGGAACGAUCUCCUGCUCGCCUGCUGCAAGUCCGCGCGCGACUUUACGACCUCUUGACACACUGCAUCCCCCCGACGACCAUCCUUAAGACCUUGACAUUUAAACUAGUCGCGGGAGUUGACGAUGGACUUAAGCAAGAUGUUAUUAAAUGGUCUGCAUUCUACGAGCAUCGACUCAAGUUGGGAAGUAAAGUGAUCUUUCACCUCGAGGCGUUUGUCGCCAAGUUCAUGCGCAUUUACGAGAGCUUUUUGAUGGAAAUGGAUUUUGAAUAA